CUUUGACCAAUCAGGCUGGAGAGUCGCUUUGUCGGAAGUGUUUGGUUGUGGAGGCGGAGCGCUACGCGUGGGGAUGUUGUUGUUGAUGCUUUUCUCCACCGGACAUCAGAUGGUCUGAUCCUGCUGUUGCUUUCUAUGCGACCUGCUGACAAUUUGACCUUUGACCUUAGAACUGUGCUACAGCACUAAACUGAACGUGAAAAUGUGUCUGGAAUGACAGAAUUUGUUUAGCGUCCAGUCAUUUCUCCGUAGCCAGCAUGGACUUCCUGCAGAUGAAGCACCUGAAGAGGAAGAGGAAGAGUAACUACAGCGUAAAGGAAACUCAGACUCUGAUCCGCGAGAUCCACAAGCGACGUGAGAUCCUGUUCUCCCGCCAGCAGAACAUGGCCAUCAACGAGCUGAAGCGGCGAGCGUGGGAGGAGGUAGCUGACAGCGUGAACGCUCUGGGCGAGGGCGAGCUGCGCACGGCGGCCGAGGUCAAGCGGCGCUAUCUGGACUGGCGCGCGUUGAUGAAACGAAAGAAGCUUCAGGCUGAGUUGGCGUCGGGAUUGAAGCAGGAGUUUGAGCCUUCGUCUCCUGAUAACGACGUGUCUCUUGGUGGCUGCGACCAGUCGCUGGACCUCAGUGGGUUUUCCAAAGACUCGUCGUGCGACUGGCAGGACCUGACGGACCUCGGGGAGCCCAGCACACACACAUCUGGAGUCAAAACGGAGGACGAUGAGGCCAGCAGCUAUAGAUUGGAGGCGGAGAUUGGAGAUGGUGGUGAGGAGGACGAUGAAGACUGUUUUACCUCCAUCCUCCCUGAUAUGGACCGCGAGGGCCGAGUUCCUGAAGUCUUCGCUCACAUUGAUGAAUUCGGCGUGCUGAGCUCCACAAAGCCUGCGUUGGGCUCGGCGGCGACUCUGUUGGGAGCCGGGGGCUCGUACGGGAUGGGCAUAGCUGGAUUGGAGAACACAGGUGUGCUGGUGGCGCUGGAGAGGCAGAGACUUGACCUGGAGAAACACCGAUUACAGGUGGAGUCCGAACGGCUGCAGGUGGAGAAAGAGCGCCUCCUGGUGGAGAAGGAGCGGUUGAGGCAGGGCGAGGUGGAGAGAGAGCGGCUGCAGCUGGAGAAGGAGCGUCUGCAGGUGGAGCGAGAACGAUUGCGACUGCUGCUGGAACAGAACACGCCCCUCCAGCAGAGCCCCGCCCCCUCUAUGUAUGUAGCCACGCCCACCACGUCGUCCUCUGCCCCCUCGUCAUCCUCAUUGGAUGGCGAGAAGGACAGGAAGCUGGUUUGGCCGAUGAUGAUGGAUUUGGAGGCGGAGAAGCUGAAGUUAGAGAAAGAGCGCCUCCUGCUGGAGAAAGAGAGACUGCAGUUCUUCAAGUUUGAGUCGGGAAGACUGCACAUUGAGAAAGAGCGCCUUCAGGUGGAGAAAGAGAGACUGCAGCUUCACAAAGAUGGACAACAGAUGGCGCUGCACUCCUGAAACACCGUAGAUAGAUACAACUGGGUAGGAAAAAAAUAGUUACCGUAGUUAUCUAUUCAUUUCUAUGGGGAACAAAAUUAAAAUGUGUGUCUCUUGCACAUUAAUUAAAGCCAAAAAUCCUAUUUUUAUUUAUUUUUUUGCCAGACAUUUGAAAAAGAAAGAAGUCAAGCAAUGAAUGUGAGUUUAUAGACAAGAUGCUAAAAGAUGCACAUGGACUCACUUUUGAACAUAUGUAGCAGUAGACUGUUUUUUAAAUAUAAAUAUGAAAUAUGAUGAAUGUCAGAAAAUACCUCAUUGCACAGAAAAACAGAAGAAAACUUUUCUUUUAUCGUCUUUUAUCAUCUUGUUGCUGAAGGUGCUUUUGAACUAAAAAAAGCUAAAACAAUAAAAAAAUCAGUAUUUUUAUCAUUAA